AUGGCUCCAACACUCUCUACCGUUAACUUCGCAGACCCAGCUGAAGUAACCGAGUUCGUGGUUAACAAAGCCAACGGCGUAAAGGGUUUAUCAGAAACAGGAAUCAAAGCUCUUCCAGACCAAUACAUUCAACCUUUUGAAGAGCGUCUCAUCAACAAGUUCGUCAACGAGACAGAUGAAUCCAUUCCUGUCAUCGACAUGUCGAACCCUGAUGAAAGCAAAGUCGCUGAAGCUAUCUGUGAGGCUGCUGAGAAAUGGGGUUUCUUUCAAGUGAUCAACCAUGGAGUUCCUUUGGAUGUUCUUGAUAAUGUUAAGGCUGCGACUCACAGGUUCUUUAACCUCCCUGUUGAGGAGAAGAGCAGGUUCACAAAGGAGAAUUCUCUGUCGAGCAAUGUUAGGUUCGGUACUAGUUUCAGUCCUCGUGCUGAGAAAGCUCUCGAGUGGAAAGAUUAUCUUAGUCUCUUCUUUGUAUCUGAAGCUGAAGCUGAACAGUUUUGGCCUGAUGUUUGCAAGAAUGAAACUCUAGAGUACAUGAACAAGUCCAAGACAAUGGUGAGGAAGCUUCUAAAGUAUCUAGGAAAGAAUCUCAACGUGAAAGAGCUAGACGAGACCAAAGAGUCACUCUUCAUGGGCUCAAUCCGAGUCAACCUCAACUACUAUCCCAUCUGUCCUAACCCUGACCUAACCGUUGGCGUUGGUCGUCACUCAGACGUCUCUUCCCUCACCAUCCUCUUACAAGACCACAUAGGUGGCCUCCACGUACGUUCCCUAACCUCAGGGAACUGGGUGCACGUGCCACCCGUUCCUGGAUCCUUUGUCAUCAACAUAGGAGACGCCAUGCAGAUCUUGAGCAACGGUCGUUACAAGAGCGUGGAGCAUCGUGUCUUAGCUAAUGGUAGCAACAAUAGAAUCUCUGUUCCAAUCUUUGUGAAUCCAAAACCAGAGUCAGUGAUUGGUCCUCUCCCUGAGGUGAUCGCAAAUGGUGAGAAACCGGUUUACAGAGACGUUGUGUACUCUGAUUACGUCAAGUACUUCUUCAAGAAGGCACAUGAUGGAAAAAAAACAGUUGACUUAGCCAAGAUAUGA